UUAUUAGCAAUUCAGGGUUCUCUCUAGGCGUCCUGGUUCAUGGUAUAUGAUCGAUCUAAAGCCGGUGGUUUUGGAAACCGAAUACCAUGCUUCUGAUCUCCCAAACUGCUGCCAAAACUGCCUCUAGUUUUACUCUUGUGGUAUAAAGGAAGACCCUUCCUCGCAUCCAACACCAUCAAAACGAGAAACUCUUUGAUAUCGAUCUACUAAACUCUUUCCAAUUCCGAUCCAAUUCAAAGUGAAAAUUAAAGAAGUAUGAGUAAUAUUGCAACGUGCAGAGCUUGGAUGGUGGCGGCAAGUAUUGGAGCAGUGGAGGCCUUGAAAGACCAAGGGAUUUGCCGGUGGAACUAUCCUCUACGGUCACUUCAGCAGCAUGCCAAGAACAACAUCAGAUCCUACUGUCAGGCCAAGAAACUCGCCUCUCAGUCUUCUUCUGCCACGUCUGAUCAUGAUCAGAAGCUGAAGCAAUCUGAAGAGUCUUUAAGAAAAGUCAUGUACUUGAGCUGUUGGGGCCCUAACUGAUGCCCUAAAUUUCUUGUAUAUAUAUAUAUUUCGCCAAAUUUUGAAUCUU